GGAGCCGAGGCUGAUCAUUUGCACUCGGGCAGACAAAGUAAAUACAACAAACCGAAGUUCCCUGCAUCACAAGCCAAGAGGCAAAUAAAAACCAGCACAACCAACAACCUCACCAGAUCUGGAAUUAACCAUGGUGGACAAGAUGGCCUCUUUCGGACACAUCCUGCUGCGGCGGCGGGCGCUAGAUUUUUCAGGAGAGGAGACGCGGUUUGCUCGGUGUUUGUCCACACUGGACCUGGUGGCUCUCGGCGUGGGAUCAACACUGGGUGCUGGAGUUUACGUUCUGGCUGGAGAAGUUGCAAGAGAGAAGGCUGGUCCUGCUAUAGUGUUAUGCUUCCUCGUGGCCGCUCUUUCCUCCAUGCUGGCUGGAUUGUGCUAUGCAGAAUUCGGCGCUCGAGUCCCGAAGACUGGAUCUGCAUACUUGUAUAGCUACGUAACAGUUGGCGAAAUCUGGGCCUUCAUCACUGGUUGGAACCUCAUCCUCUCAUAUGUUAUAGGUACAGCUAGCGUGGCUCGAGCUUGGAGCUCUACGUUUGAUAACUUGAUUGAGCAGAAGAUCUCCAACUUCUUCAGGGCAUCGAUGGCCAUGAAAGUUCCUGGGAAAGUCCUUGCUGAAUAUCCAGACUUGUUUGCCCUCAUUCUCAUCUUGCUACUGACUGGAUUGCUCGCUUUCGGUGUGAGCGAGUCUGCUCUGGUCAACAAGAUCUUCACCGGGAUCAAUCUGAUCGUGCUGGGCUUCAUCAUCAUCUCCGGCUUCGUCAAAGGCAACACGGCAAACUGGAACCUGACCUACGAGUACUUCAUCAACGAUACAAACAUCACCGAACCAGAACGGAUAGAAAGCACAUUUGGAAGUGGAGGCUUUGCUCCGUUCGGCCUUGGCGGCAUCUUAUCAGGCGCAGCCACCUGUUUCUACGCCUUCGUGGGCUUUGAUUGCAUUGCUACGACAAGUGAGGAAGCCAAAAACCCAAUGCGCUCCAUCCCUGUGGGCAUCGUGGCCUCGUUGCUCAUUUGCUUCUUUGCUUACUUUGGUGUCUCAGCUGCUCUUACGCUCAUGAUGCCCUAUUACAAGCUCAACACUCAGAGUCCUCUGCCUGAGGCCUUCAGUUACGUAGGCUGGGCACCAGCACGAUAUAUUGUAGCCGUGGGUUCACUCUGUGCUCUUUCCACAAGUUUGCUGGGCUCCAUGUUCCCUAUGCCUCGAGUGAUUUACGCCAUGGCUGAGGACGGGCUACUCUUUCGUUCACUUUCCAGGAUGAACAAGAGAACCAAAACUCCUCUGCUGGCGACUAUUGCGUCUGGAAUAGUGGCAGCUCUCAUGGCGUUUCUGUUUGAUCUGGCUGCGUUGGUUGACCUCAUGUCCAUUGGGACGUUGCUUGCGUACUCUCUUGUGGCUGUUUGCGUUCUCAUCCUCAGAUAUCAGCCAGGGAACCUGAGCUCCUCCAGUCAGACUGAGAAGCUGGUGGAGCUGGUUGGUGGGGAGAAGGUGGCCGUUUGUGGAGACAGUGGAGAUGAAUAUGGCGUAGAGCUGGAUGACAGUCCUCGCAAGGAGAAAUUCACUGCCAAACUCCUCCUGGUUCCCUCCAAAGACUCGCCAACGGAAAUGUCAGGAACUAUCGUCUAUGGCACAACUGCAAUUAUCUCUGUGCUGAUCACGGUGCUGUGCGUGGUUUUGGCUCAGCGUCUGGAGUCCAUCAUAAAUCUGGAGAUCGUGUGGGUGACGGCGUGUGUCAUUCUGGUCCUGCUGUGUGUCCUGUGUGUGAUUGUGAUCUUCAGGCAGCCGGAGAGUAAAGAAGCUCUCACCUUCAAGGUGCCUCUGUUGCCUUGGCUUCCUCUGUUCAGCAUCUUCGUCAACAUUUAUCUGAUGAUGCAGCUGGACGUGGCCACCUGGUGCCGCUUCACCGUGUGGAUGGCCAUCGGUUUUGCCAUCUACUUCGGCUACGGCAUUUGGCACAGCACUGAAGCCAUGAAUAGCUCGGUCCGAAAAUACGAGCCGGCCCUUCAGAACAAAAGCCCCAUCUAUUUAGGCGGUGAGGAGAGUGAAAUUGAGGGCAUUUCUCCUUGAUGAAGAAAAAGGAAUGAAAGAAAACCCCGACAGGCAUGUUUCCGUUCAAGUCUACAGAUUUAAUUUUAUUGUAGAGACUGCCCCGAACCUCUUAAUUCAGGUUGCUUUUAGCAGAAGCGUUAAGUGUUUCCCGUUAGAAGUGCAGCCUUGGCCCCUCAGUGCUGUAGAUGUUGGUUUAAUGUCCGUUCGGCUGCUGCUGUAAUUCAUAAGUACUGUAACAGCCAUAUUGUCUGGCAGACAAUGAGCUGACUGUGUACAGGGUAUUAUGUUUUCAUCAUCGAGGUCCAAGCACAUUUUUUUAUUCGUGCGCGAAAAGCCUCCCGAGUCCAAACUGUUUAUUGUCAACCUUGUGGUUUUUCAAGGUUGUGAAGUACAACAGAGGCCCCUAGUGUUCAGAAUGUGAAAACGGCAAUGCCUUCAGGCAGUAUUUGAGGUCAUUGGUUACAGUUAGGCGGAGGAAUUGAAGAAUUAAAACUGACAAAGCUUUUUUAAAUAUUUUAGCAUGGCUGAGGUCCCAUGUGUAUGAGAGUCGUCCAAAGAGUGCGUGGAAAAUAACAUAAUCGUUUCCAUUUUCCUAAAUAUGACAGCUGUGUGCUGUAUGUUGGGAUCAGCCAUUAAAAUGAUGUAUUUUUAAGCGUGUAUGAGAGUUUUUGAAUGGCUCAUAAGAGGUCAAGCCAGAAAAUGUUCCAUUUUACAGAAAAAACUAAAAUAUUUUUUUGGGAAAAACCUGUUUUAUAUGAAUAUUUAUAGUUUACCCAUUCACACAAGUUCCUUAGACUUGAUUAUACUUCAGAAAACUGUAUAACAGCUAUCAUAUUUCCAGACGCUGCUUAAAAAAGUUGCUAUGUAACUAUAGUUUCUGCUGAAACUACUUGCAUUACCGUUCAAAAGUGGUUGUGUUUUGACCAAAUAUGUUUUCUUCCAGAAAACAUUCAAUUGUGGAAGACGUUAUAUAUAUAUUUUUUUCGCAAAAGUAUUAAGCAACACAACUGAUUUCAACACUGAAAACAAGAUGAGCUGUAAAUCAGCAUACUCUGACUUCUGAAAUAUCAACACUGAAGUAACGGCUGCUGAAAAAUUGGCUGAAUUUGUUUACGCAGAUGUGUAUACUUCAGUUAAGUGUGCAAUCACACCAUGUCAUAAUUACAGAAGCCCAAAUAGUGAUGAAACUUACUAGAAUAUACUUAUACACAGACCAUCAUUCAUUCACAUUACAUCUAAGGUAUACUUUGACUUUUGGAAUUUCAAAUAUGCCCUAAAUUAUAAUAAUUCACUGUUUUUGUAAAGAAAGCAGACACAUAUUAACGGUUAACUGUUUAAUUGCCGAUAAAAACUACUGCUGACUUGAAAGAUUCUGAAAAGCUAUAUGGUUAGAAGGACUUUGAACAGUAUUAGCUGAGCAGAAACUGUAGUUACCGCUCUAGCUUUGUUAGCAAGGCUAGUCUGCAAUAAUAACCAACUCACAGGUCAAGGGUUAAACCUAAACUUGCCUAAGGAAUGAAGAUCUAAUGAAACAGGCUUCGAAUGGCCUUUCUUUCAUAUCUGAAGGUGUAGAUACUUGAGAAAUAAGUGUCUCUAUUGCUUUUAUUUGUAUUAUUAUUGUUGUUGUUUUUCAUUGAAACUUGUUCUUGGCAGCUUGGCUGUUGAGCUCAUGUACCGUUCUCUACUUUUGUUCAAUAUUGUAAUGUAGUGUAUUACUAUUGUCACUUAUCUUGUUCACACAUCAUAUCUUUUUGAUUUGUUUAUAUAGUAUGACUAUUUAACCCUUUGAGGAGCUGAGUUUCAGCUCUGUUUCAGCCAGUUUUGGUGGGUUGUGUUGUUUAUUUUUGUUAGUGUGUUCAGAUAAUCAGAUAGAAAUGAAGGCUUGUCUUUAAGACAAGAUGGAGGUUUAAAAUCACUUUUUAAACACUAUUGUUUAAUUUAAAACCACUGUUGUUUUGAAACCCAUUGCUCUCUUUAAUGAAUUAACAUGAUUAGAAGCCUAUUUUUGUAUAGCUUUACUAUCUGUUUCGCAAUCAACUGAGUUGUUGUUUACAUGUACCAGACAUGUAAAGUUUAGCAUGUAAACAUGUCCAAACACUGUCUGAUUCCAGGCAUUACAAACUUUUGAUUCAAUAUGGAGGCUUGUGUCUCCUGUAGAUCAGUGCCUGAUGUUUCAAAUGUACCUCAAAGUUGGUUGGUAGGUAUCAAAAUAAAUACCAAGUCCUGUUAUAUGCCUUUGAGAUACACUUGUAGUGUUACAUGUGUCUGUUUAUCAGCAUAUGAAUAUAUAUAUAUUGUUUGUCCUUGGGUUUUUUAAAACUGUAAAUAGUCAUGCCAUGUACAAAGAAAAUGACCUGUAUUAUAAACAUUUCUGUUUUUCUUUUUUAAAAUAAAAUGUUUCGCAAAACAA